AUGGCAAUCAGAGAAAUGGACGAGGAUCUCGUCAAUCUGUCGGUAUUCAUGAACGACAAGAAACCAACUACAAGUUGCCUCGAAAACAAUCUCACGUUGACAUUUGACGGCCUUCACCGACAAGUUGAUACUGCAGCAAUUAUCCGAGUGGACUGGAUGCACAUGAAGGGAGACCUAUCCGUAACCUUUAGAGCCCCAGAAGAACAAGUUAUCAUCCUUAAUCGGAUUCUGAGAGCAGCAAGCGUUGCAAAGGAAAAGAUUGUUAGAGUAGCGUCGAAUUACCUGCUGACAAGUAAAUGGUAUGCCGCACAAGUUGACCCCGUCCGACUCUUGGAAGAGACAGGUUCAGCGGAAAACGGCGGAUAUUUCCGAAGUCAUUCCAAUGGCUAA